CGGUCCUCCAGCCCUGUACCCUAUUCCUAUUGGUCCGAAGCCGCCGUCAAUCAUUCCCCCACCAAAAAAAUUGUGGUCUGGAGCAUGCGUAGUGCGGGUAGUGGCGAUGGAAAGAUGUUUGUUUGUUUCAGCUUCAGGCGGUAAGAGAAUUUGCGGAGUAGAGGGAGAAACGGAGCCGGUGGAUGGACGGGGCGGGUUCAUAGUGCCUGAGCUGCUGAGAAUUUCCAGCAUUUCCUCUUUAUCUUUGAGAUUUCCAGCAGCCGCAGUCUGUUGCUAUUAUUUUAUUGCAGGCGUUGAUCACAAAACCGAAUCUGGGAACACAGUCGGAUCAGGUCAGAGACGAUUUGUUGCAGGGUGCGUGUUGAUGGCUGAAUUCCAUCCUUGGCCUCCAGUGUAGGUCCUGUUUCAUUGAUCAUAGAAUCAUGGAAUCGUUACAAUACAGACGGAAGUUAUUUAAGCCUGUCCCGCCAGUGUUGGCUCUUUGCAAGAGCAAAUCAGCCAGUCCCACUCGCCUGCCCUUUCACUAACAAGACCAGCAGCAGAUAUUACCCAUCCCCAGUUACCUGUGGAGAUGAUGAUGUUUGACCUUCUUGAACCGCUGCAGUCCGUGUGGUGAAGAUGCUCCCACAAUGCUGUUAGCUGCAGGCUCCAGCAGGAGAUUUUAAUAUUGAAAGGAGUAAAAUUGUUUCAGAGGGCAUUAAAGGGGAGGAUUUGCAGUUGGGAAGCUGAGGCCAAACAGCACAUCAAAAUCUGACAGAGUCGCCUAAUUUAUCAUAACCUGAAUACCAUCGGAUUUUGAACAUAAAAGGAGAAAGCAUGAUUCACAGUGGGGAGAAACCGUACAUGUGUUCUGAGUGUGGACGAGGCUUCAGCCAAUCAUCUAGCCUGUCAGAACAUAAAUGCAGUCACAACAGGGAGAAACUGUGGAAAUGCAGAGACUGUGGGAAGGGAUUUAAUUACCCAUCAGAGCUGGAAAGUCAUCAGCGAGUUCACACUGGGGAGAGGCCCUUCACCUGCUCUGAGUGUGGGAAGGGAUUCACUUGUUCAUCCCACCUGCUGCAACAUGGACAAGUUCACACUGACGAGAGACCUUUCAAAUGUCCAGAUUGCAGGAAGUGCUUUAAAAGUUCCUGGAAACUGACUGGCCAUCAACGUGUUCAUACUGACGAGAGACCGUUCAGGUGCUCUCACUGUGGGACUGGGUUCAAGACAUUAUCUGACCUCACUGUACAUCAGCGAAUUCACACUGGGGAGAGACCAUUCACCUGCUCUGAGUGUGGGAAGAGAUUCACUCAGUCAUCCCAUCUGCUGGCACACCAGCGAGUUCACACUAACGAGAGACCUUUUAAAUGCCCAGACUGUGGGAAGUGCUAUAAAAGUUCCUGGGAUCUGAUGUUUCAUCAACGUGUUCACACUGACGAGAGACCGUUCAGGUGCUCUCACUGUGGGACUGGGUUCAGGCGAUCAACUGAUCUGAUUGUCCACCAGCGAAUUCACACUGGUGAGAGACCAUUCAUAUGCUCUGAAUGCGGGAAGAGAUUCACUCGGUCAUCCACUCUGCUGGAACACCUGCGAGUUCACACUGGGGAGAGGCUGUUUCCCUGCUCCGACUGCGGGAAGGAAUUCACUUGUUCAUCCAACCUGCUGACACACAAGCGCACUCACACUGGGGAGAGGCCAUUCACCUGCUCCGACUGUGGGAAGGGGUUCAUUCAGUCAUCCCACCUCCUGACACACCAGCAAAUUCACACAGGGGAGAGGCCGUUCACCUGUUCUGAGUGUGGAAAGGGAUUCACUCGGUCAUCCACCCUGCAGGAACACCAGCGAGUUCACACUGGGGAGAAGCCACUCACCCGCUCUGACUGUGAGAAGGGAUUCACUUGUUCAUCCAACCUGCUGACACACAAGCGCACUCACACUGGAGAGAGGCCAUUCACCUGCGCUGAGUGUGGGAAGGGGUUCACUCGGUCAUCCAACCUGCUGACACACCAGCGAGUUCACACUGGUGAAAGGCCAUUCACAUGCUCCGAGUGUGGGAAGGGAUUCACUCGGUCAUCCACCCUUCUGGAACACCAGCGAGUUCACACUGGGGAGAGGCCAUUCACCUGCUCCAACUGUGGGAAGGGAUUCAGUCGGUCAUCCCACCUACUGACACACAAGCGCACUCACACUGGGGAGAGGCCAUUCACCUGUGCUGAAUGUGGGAAGGGGUUCAGUCAGACAUCCACCCUGCUGACACACCAGCGAAUUCAUACUGGGGAGAGGCCGUUCACCUGUUCCGAGUGUGGAAAGGGAUUCAGUCAGUCAUCCACCCUGCUGAUACACCAGCGAACUCACACUGGGGAGAGGCCGUUCACCUGUUCUGAGUGUGGGAAAGGAUUCACGCAUGCUAAUUUUCUGGAAAUCCAUCGACGCAUUCACACUGGGGAGAAGCCGUUCACCUGUUCCGUGUGUGGGAAGGGAUUCACUCAGACAACCAAACUCAUGUCACACCAGCGAAUUCACACUGAGGAGAGGCCAUUCACCUGCCCUGUAUGUGGGAAGGGAUUUACUCAGACAUCCUGUCUUAUGUUGCACCAGCGAAUUCACACUGAAGAGAGACCGUUCAGCUGCACUUACUGUGAAAAGAGGUUCAGGUCUUCAUCUGACCUCAAUAUACACCAGCGACUUCACACUGGGCAGAAGCCAUUCACUUGCUCUGUGUGUGGGAAGGGAUUCACUCAUUCAUCCGGCCUUAGGUCACACCAGCGAGUUCAUUCUGAGGAGAAGCCAUUCAACUGUACUUCCUGUAGAAAGAGUUUCAGGCAUUCAUCGGCCCUUGCUGAACACCAGCGAGUUCACACUGGGGAGAGGCCAUUCACCUGCUCUGUGUGUGGGCAGGGAUUUACUCAGUCAUCCAGUUUGCUGAGACACCAGCGAGUUCACACUGGGGAGAAGCCGUUUAGCUGCACUUCUUGUGGAAAGAGUUUCAGGCAGUCAUCCACCCUCAUUGCACACCAGCGAGUUCACACUGGGGAGAAACCAUUCACCUGCUCUGUAUGUGGGAAGGGAUUCACUGUAUCAUCCGCCCUCGAGUCACACCUGCAAAUUCACACUGAGAAGAAGCCAUUCAGCUGCACGGACUGUGGAAAGGGGUUCAGGUGUUCAUCUGCUCUCCUGGCACAUCAGAGAGUUCACACUGGAGAGAGACCAUUCACCUGCUCCGUGUGUGGGAAGAGAUUCACUCGGUCCUUCAACCUAGUGACACAUGAGCGAGUUCAUAAGUGACUGCAGGGGUUGGAUUCUGCUGUUAUCACUGCUGUUAAUCAUGUUCAGGUUUGAUAGUCUGAGAAUGUCAAGUUUGUUUCUGCUGAUGUUAACAACCCCUAUAACUGGAUGGAGUUUAAUAUUCUGGAGAUGUCACUGAUACUCGGGGCUGCAGUGUCCCUUUUUAAAAACGCCAUCUGUGAUCAUUCCCCUUAAUUCAUGAACUCUGCUGGAAGGUCGGAUCCGUUCCACAGGACGUGCAUGACACAAAAAUAAUCACAAUUUACAAAAACAAAGAGGACAGAGGAGAUUGCAACAAAAACUUUGUCCACCAAAGUUCCUCUGUCUCAUCCACUCCUUUCAUGACAACAUACCUUGUACUGUACAGUUUGACAGCUCCACUUCUGACUUUUUCAGGGUGAAGAAUGGAGUGAAACGGGGCUGUGUCCAAGUCUCCAAUUUGUUUGGCAUUUUCUUCUCCAUGUUCCUGACCUUGGCCUUCCCUGCAGAUAUGGAAGGAGUUUCCCUGAAUACUCGAUCAGAUGGCAAACUCUACAAUCUGUCCAACUGAAGUGAAGACAAAAUACAGCUUGUCUCGAUCAGAGACCUCCUCUAUGGUGAUGAUGUCAUGCUUGUGACUCACACAGAAACUCAGCGACCAAGACUCAUGGACUGUCUCUCCCAUGUCUGUAACUUGUUCUCCUUUACUGUAAGGAAAUCUGUGGUUUGGGGACUGGGUGUCCGUCCUUGAUCACACUGGAAGUGGCCAGUGAAAUCUGUGAUUUUGGGUCCACAAUGACAGACGAUCUGUUCCUUGAUGCAGAACUUGAUACACGCAUCGGGAAAGUGGCUCCACCUUUGGCUGCCUCACUUCAAGCUGCCUCUCAGCACCAAGAUGCUGGUUUAUGAGGCCUGUGUCCUCAGCACCUUGUUGUCUGUCUGUGAAACAUGGACGAUUUAUAGUGAUCAGGAAAGGAAGCUCAACAACUUUCACUUUCGCUGUUUGCGGCACAUUCUGGGCGUCUCAGGGACAGAAUCAGCAAUGCGGCAGUCCUCUCAAAGGCUAAUCUCCCAAGUAGGCUGGCUCUCAUCAAGCAGAGACGACUUCACUGGCUCUGAAGCAGAGUCAUACGGAAUUGAAACAUUAACUCUGUUUCUCUCUCCACAGAUGCUGUCAGACCUGCUGGGUUUUUCCAGAAUUUUUUGUUUCUACCCCAUUAGAGGCUUCUGGCCUCCCUUCCAUGGUCUUGUCCAUGCCUGGGUGGCUCUGGAGAGGGAGCAUGUGGUGUCCACUCAUACAGCUGAUACUUUCCAACACUGGUGGGUACCUCAAGGUACAGAGUGUCUCGGAGACACUGGAAACAACAUUCUGGUUUAGUUAGGAAGGUUCUCUUCACUCUUGUUGGGGCUUUGAUGCUGAUUUUGGGCUCUUUUCAUUUAAUUGGACAACAUGCUUGAGAGAAGAAAGUAUGUUCUAUAGAAACUAGAAUUGUCUGAUCUGAAUUUCUAUCCUGGACUGACGGUGAUAACUUUUGUCAACUGUAUUUACAGGAUAUUAGAAGGAGAUGAUUUGAAGAUGGAAAACUCAAAUCAAACAUCUCAUCACAAUCUGACAGAGUCACUCGAUUCAUCAGGACCUGAAUCUCAUCAGUCUUUGAAUGUCGAAGGAGAAAUGUUUGUUCUGGUUGUGGGAAAAGAUUUCAAGCAUCAGUGUAACUGGAAAAGCACCGAGACACACACACCCGAGUGAGAGUGUUCCAGUGAACUGACUGUGGAUCGAGCUUUAACAGCCUGAAAUAACGUCACAACAUUCACAGCAGGGAGAGACUGUACAUGUGUUCUGUCUGCAGAUGUGGCUUCAACUGAUCAUCCAACCUGGAGAGAUACAAGGACACUGAGACCACAAAGAAACCGUGGAAAUGUGGGGAGUGUGGGAAGGGAUUCACUUGCCCAUCCCAGCUGGAAGCUCAUCGACGCACUCACACUGGGGAGAGACCAUACGCCUGCUCCGUGUGUGGGAAAGGAUUCACUCUGAUGUCCAGCCUUCAGUUACACCAGCGAGUUCACACUGACGAGAGGCCUUUUAAAUGCUCUAACUAUGGGAAAGGCUUUAAAAUCUCACCAGAUCUAAUUAAACACCAGCUUGUUCACACUGACAAGAGACCAUUCAGAUGUUCUCAAUGUGAGAAGAGGUUCAGACAGUCGCCUCACCUCAUUCAACACCAGCGAGUUCACACCGGGGAGAGGCCAUACACCUGCUCCGUGUGUGGGAAGGGAUUCACUUCAACAUCCAACCUGGUGACACAUCAGUGGGUUCACACAGGGGAGAAGACAUUCACCUGCUCUGUGUGUGGGAAGGGGUUUUCUCAGUCAUCGAAUCUGCUGACACACCAGCAAGUUCACACUGGGGAGAGGCCGUUCACCUACUCUGUGUGUAGGAGGAGAUUUGCUCGAUCGUCUCACUUGCUGACACACCAGCGAGUUCACAAGUGACUGCUGAGGACUCUAGAAGGGGAAGAUUUGCAGAUCGGUCACUCAAACCAAAAAUCACAUCAAGAUCUGACAGAAUGACUCAGUUCAUCAAGACCUGAAUAUCAUCGGCUUUUGAAUGUGGAAGGAGAAAUGUUUGUCUGUUCUGAAUGUGGGGAAAGAUUUCAAACAAUAGGAAAAGCACCAAGACACACACACACCUAAAUGAGAGUGUUCCAGUGCACUGACUGUGGAAUAAGCUUUAACCAGUUACACAGCCUGAAAACAAACAGAAUCAUUCGCUGUGUGGAGAAACCGUACACGUGUUCUGUGUUCAAACGAGGCUUCAACUGAUUGUCCAACCUGGAAAGACUUAAGGACACAGACACCAUGGAGAAACCAUGGAAAUGUGGGGACUGUGGGAAGGGAUUCAAUUACCCAUCCCAGCUGGAGAUCCAUCGACGCAGUCACACCAGGGAGAGGGCACUCACCUGCUCCGUGUGUGGGAAGGGAUUCACUCGUCUAGCUCACCUCAAUUCACAUCAACUUGUUCACACUGAUUACAGACUUUUCAAAUGUUCAAAAUAUGAGAAGACUUUUAAAACCACAGGUGUUCUGCUGAGACACCGGCAAGUUCACACUGUGGAGAGGCCGUUCACCUGCUCCGUGUGUAGGAAAGGAUUCACUCAUUCAUCCCACUUAAUGAGACACUAGCGAGUUCACAAUUGAACAAAGGGGUUGGAUUUUGCUGUUAUCACUGCUGUUAAUCAUAUACAGGACAACCAGGUUCAUUCUGACAGUUGGGCUGAUAAUAACCAUGUAACUGGGCUGAAGUUUGACUCAUUUGACAGAUCUCAAGAUAUUAAUGUUGUUUGAAACACAGAGUGUCGUGUCCUUAAUUUCUCUAAGAUAAGAGGAGAAUAAUUGAUGUCCUGUUACUGACUGCUGCUUUUUUGGGUCUUUUUUCCUUUCUAACUCAAGAUUAUUUCAGUUCUCAUACCUUCGGCUACUCUCAUGGACAACUCCCAGCUCCCCAUACCUUCCAGAAUGUCUCUCCUGGCCUUGGGAUCCUGGGAAGGUAUCUGUAACACUCCCGGGAUCAAUAAACACAAAACCCAGCCUGUUAAUCACUCUCAACUACUGGACUUAGUGUGUGU